AUGACCGCGCUAACUGAUGUGCCUGCUCCCUAUUCGAAGGAAUUAUCCCUGUCCCGACCACUACCUCAAUCCACUCCUCGUCACCAUGCCCACUCCAUAUCCCUUGGAGCGGUCAAUCAUAACCACCGUGUCACUCGUCGGAAGAGUGUCACCACCGCUGCUGCUGCGAAUGCCGCCGCCGCGGUCGCCGCAUCCAUGAAGGACACCAAUGGGGAACCGAUAGGUGUGCCGAUGCCUUCUCACCGUCGAGGCAGCACCAGGAGGGGCCUGGAAUCCACUUCGGUCGGAGCUCUCUCCGGCUUCGGCCACUAUCUCUCUCGGAGCAUGAACAGCCCCAGCCAAGAACCCGCGGUCGCUCGCAAACCCUCGCCCAAUCAUUCCAACAACGGCGCUUCUUCCGUCGCCGCAGCUGGCGGCGAGGAGAGUAGUUCGGAUAACAAACCCGUCAACACCAAAAGUCGAAACCGUCGGGCCAGCGAAGGAUCGCACUUGGUCAAAGGCGAAGGAAAGCGCGCCUUGGCGGAACUACGCUGCGAUCGCUGCGGGAAAGGGUAUAAGCAUGGCAGCUGCUUGUCCAAGCAUAUGUGGGAACAUGACCCGGCAUGGGCCAUUACGUCGAAGCUACUGAUCUCCAAGCAUCAGCAAGUUCAGCUGCUGGAGGCCGCGAGCGUCCUGGUUAACAUGAACCAGAACGGUCCUUCAGAAGGCGCCGAAGCCGAGUCCGACCAGUCAUCUGCGUCACCCGACACCUCGUCGGAGCUUCGCGACGGCAUCAGCUCGGCGGAAACUACCCCUCCUCCUAUGGAUGAGGACGACGAGGACGAAGAGGACAUGGAGAUGUCGGGCAUGCCCGUGUUCCCGAACAAACGAUACAGUGUGGGCAACGUAUCGGCUCACUUUUCCCACUCCUACCAGUCUGUUCCCUCGAGCUCGUUCAACGGUGAUGCUCCCCUGCAUUCGCCUGCCUUUUCGUACUUCCGGCACUCUAGCAUCGACACCCGGCCUUCUACCGCCGAAGCCAAGUUGCAUGAGGACGAUGAAGCGGAUUUGGCCGCUGCCAUUGGCCUCUGCAAUUUCGGAACGCCGCGCACUGGACCUGUGCCGAUGUCCCCUGGCAUUCCCCCGGUGCCCCCGCUCCCGUCUCGGUACCUCGAUCAAAGCAACGGUACUGGCAGCAUUAGUCAAAGCCUGGACCCUGCCGCUACUGCCAAUGCCAAUUCGUCCCUCACCGAGUCCACCCCGAACAUCUUCCUCUCUGUAUCAUAUAACCCAUCACUCUCCUACAAGGUCUCCGACGAGCGGGAAGUGAAAAUGGGUGAUGCGGAUCGCGUGCAAAGGCAGAACCGCAAUGCCGAUGUUGACUUCAGCAACCGUCCUGCUCAUGCGGAUGACGAUGACGAUGGCGUCUUUGGUCGCAUGGAGGAGUAA